GUUUUAUGAGUUUGGGGGAUGAAAGAGGUAAUUAUGGACUUCAAGACCAACGGGCAGCUUUGAAUUGGGUUAGACAACACAUUUAUGGUUUUGGGGGUGAUCCUAAUGCUGUUACUAUAGUUGGACACGAUUCUGGUGCUGUAAGCGCCGGUAUUCAUAUGCUAAGUCCUUUGUCUAGAACUUUCAACAACACAAUAAAACUUGGCCGUUAUCUAGGAUGUGUUCAUCCUGUUGCUAGCGAAGUUUGGAGUUGUAUUUUAACUCGCUCAACAGACGAUAUUGUACAGGCUGUAUCUCCUACAUCAGUUCCCUCAAUUCCUAUUGAAUUUAACCGUUAUUUAUUUUUGCCUACUGUUGACGGGAAGGAAUUAACAGCCCACCCUUUAUGGCUAUUAAAUAACGUUAAAAAUGGAUUAUCCAACCCUUUUACUGUGCCAUACUUAACUGGAUUAAAUAAAGAAGAUGGAAUUGAAGCUAUUUUAGAGGAUAGGACUUUGGGUGAAUUCACCGAUUUUCUUCAAAUAACCCAUUUAUACAUGAAAAGUUGGAUAACUGAAUAUGCCUUCAGACACAAUUACACAAUGAAUAGAGAGGCAAUAAUCGAAGCAAUAGAAUCUUUUUAUACUUACUGGCCAGAUCCUUCAGAUGUUUGGAAUAUUAGGCAACGUUUUAUUGAAUUAAUUACCGACACCUUCUAUGUCCAACCAAUUUCUCAAUCAGCCCAUUUACACUCCGAAAGUGGCUCGAGAACUUGGAUGUAUGUUAAUUCUUACAAUUUUUCUGCUCAGAGAGAAGCUUUGGGGGUAUUACCUUCACCUUUAUUUCCUUCUUGGACUGGAAGUUGCCAUGAGUGUGACUUAUACCUUUUAUUUGGUUUCCCUUUUAUGCCUCAACAUUUACUUCCCCCACAACUUGCUUCUGUUGAAUGGUUACAAGUUGAUAGAAAUGCUAGUCAAUUAUUUUCUUCUUUUAUUAGACAAUUUGUUAAAUACUCAGACCCAAAUUUGCCAUUAGAUGGAAGCUGGUCAGCCCAUCAACCUAGAGCUCAUUGGUUUCUUCAAUUUAAUUAUUCUAGUGGGCAAAGUCUUCACUCCCCAGGCAUUUUAAAAAAAGAUUAUCGUUUUGAGGAAGUUGCUUUUUGGAAUAAUUACUUGCCUGCUGUAAAUAUAUUUUUUAUAUUUAUUUAA